AUGCCCAAGACAGGAACUGAAAUGAAACCAAGUCAUUACCGUAAUAAUGAUCUAUUUUUGUUGUUGCUGACAUCUCCUUUGCAUUCUUGGUACAAACUACAAGAACAUUUUGAUUUAAAUGCUUCUCUUGUAACCCACUUUGGUAUGAGUUACUUCUGGAAGCCAUUUUUCUUAUUUAUUGAUCACGAUGAGCGCGAAGUGAACACAGCCAUUGUUAACAUCUCAUAUGUUGACUUGUCAAACUGGUCAUUGUUUACCUUUGAAAAUGUACACAUUUUAUUCUUGAAUCUUUUAUGGGAAAUAAAAGAGUUAUAUUGCCAGUGUUGCAUGCUGACUGCAUAUAUUAGAACAAAUUUAUUCAAGGAAAACAAUUUUUGUGACCCACACACAGAUAGCUGA